AGCGUCUGCUUUUCGCCUUGCUCCAUCGCAUGUAUGGGCGUCUACAGCGCAAGCGGGAUGUCACUCCGAAUUCGGCAAGCGCAAUCGAUAAGGAUCAUUUUCGGCCUGUGGUCGGAGUCACAUCAAGCUUAGAACUUUCAGACUGCAUGAUACCCCAAGCAUAAGUUUGCACGUUUUUCCCCGUUGUCUUGUACUGCAUAUGAGUGUGAUGGCUUUGCGAUUUUCCACCAAGCGUUUCGCGACGACAUUGCGCGCCUCGCGUGCCAAUUGUGGCCCUGCGCGAUAUGCCUCCACGGCUGCUGCGCUGAAGGGCUCAAGCCUACCGCAAGAUGUGAAGGACUCUAUAGAGCGAGAAGCCUCUCUCCCGACGCCAGACCCCCCAUCGACGUCCAAGACGGCCGGUCUCGUCAACCAACAGCUUCCGUACAUGGUCCCGACCUACGUGCGCCCGCCCCCCAUGUUCGAGAAAGGCGAAGGAUGCUACUUGUACGAUGUCGAGAACCGGAAAUACCUCGACUUCACAUCGGGCAUUGCUGUCAAUGCAUUGGGACACUGCGACCCGGGCGUUACUCAGGCAAUUUCUGAGCAGGCACAACUUCUCAUGCACACCUCGAACCUAUAUCACAACCCCCUGACUGGUCUCCUUUCGAAGCAGCUCAUCCAGCUCACCCACGCGACCGGCGGUUUCGCGACCGCUACGAAAACCUUCAUCUGCAACAGCGGAUCCGAGGCCAACGAGGCUGCCAUAAAGUUCGCGCGCAAGGUCGGAAAGGAAGUCGCACCAGGCAAAGAUAAAUAUGACAUUGUGUCCUUCACUGGCUCGUUCCAUGGCCGCACCAUGGGCUCUUUGAGCGCAACACCAAACCCCAAGUACCAGAAGCCGUUUGCGCCUAUGGUUCCCGGCUUCCGGUACGGAACCUUCAACGAUGUAGACGCCGUGAACGACCUGGUCACUGAGGGCACCUGCGGCGUGAUCGUCGAGCCCAUCCAAGGCGAGGGUGGCGUCAACGUCGCGACGCCGGAAUUCCUGCUUGCGCUACGCAAGCGCUGCACCGAGGUCGGUGCCGUACUCAUCUACGACGAGAUCCAAUGCGGUCUCGGAAGAACAGGCACAUUCUGGGCCCACGCCUCGUACCCGAAAGAGGCCCAUCCCGACAUCGUCACUACGGCCAAGGCUCUGGGCAACGGCUUCCCCAUCGGCGCUACCAUUGUGAAUGACUUUGUCUGCGACCACAUCAAGAUAGGCGACCACGGCACGACGUUCGGCGGGAACCCUCUCGGCUGCCGCGUUGCCUCCCACAUCCUGUCGCGCCUCUCCUCCCCCGAGAUCCUCGACUCUAUACCCGCAAAGUCUGCCGCGUUCAAAAAGCAUUUCGCUUUACUUCAGGAGCGUUUCCCAGACCGCGUCAAGGAAAUCAGGGGCCAAGGCCUGAUUCUCGGCCUGCAGCUUGACGAGGACCCGACGCCUAUUGUGACCGCGGCGCGAGAACGAGGCCUCCUUAUCAUCACCUGCGGAACCAACACCCUGCGUUUCGUCCCGCCGCUUGUCAUCACCGAGGCGGAGAUCGAUGCCGGCAUGACCAUCGUUGCGGAAGCGAUGGAGAGCGUCUGGACCAAGGGCGAGCAGGUACCAGGCACUCCUGGGCAACAGGAGAUGCGAUGAUGUGCACCUGCGCAAGCGAGUGGCUUGCUUUGCAUUUCGAAGCACGGCGUUUUGGGUUCGGCAA